AUGACCAAAUACAUAACCGCGCACGAGGUGCGCCAGCAUUGGACAAACCGCCAUGAACUCGCCCUCCUGGACGUCCGCGAAGAAGGUCCUUAUUCCGAAUCGCAUCCGCUGUUCGCACUGAGUGUACCAGUAUCGGAACUCGAAAAGAAGCUGCCUCCGCUGGUACCGCGCUUGUCUGUACCGAUUGCUGUCUACGACGAUGGCGAGGGGUAUGCUGAUCGGGCCGCAGCCCGGAUUUCAGCCCUGGGAUAUCAGAACGUUUCCAUCCUAGAAGGCGGACUUUCUGCCUACGCACGUGUCGGCGAGGUUUAUCGUGACGUCAAUGUGCCUUCCAAGGCAUUUGGCGAGCUUGUCGAAUCUAUCAAUCACACCCCAUCGUUGUCUGCGCGGGACGUCAAGAACAUCCUGGAGAGUGAAAGCGAUGUGGCCGUUUUGGAUGCCAGACGUUAUACCGAGUACAACACUAUGAGCAUCCCCCGUGGCCGUAGUUGUCCAGGUGGGGAAUUAUUGUAUCGCUUUUUCGAGGCUGUGCCUUCUCCCGAGACCACCGUUGUUGUCAAUUGUGCUGGUCGAACACGGAGUAUUGUUGGGACGCAAUCUUUGAUCAAUUCUGGGAUUCCAAAUAAAGUAGUUGCGCUUCGAAAUGGGACGAUCGGCUGGACCCUAGAGGGUUUGGAACUGGAGACCAAGAAGACCGAGCGCAUUUCGCUGCCUUCGGCGGAGGCGUCGCGAAAGGCACGCCAAUACGCCGAGUCUUGGGCCGAACACGUCGGUGUGUCAUUUAUCGCUGGAGAUCAGCUUGCUCAAUUUGCCGCGGAGGCAGAAGACCGGACUCUCUACCUGCUCGACGUGAGAGAUCCGGAAGAAUAUGCUCUUGGCCAUCCGGUGGGCUUCUCUAAUGCUCCCGGUGGCCAAUUGGUCCAAGCCACCGACGAAUGGGUCGGUGUUCGCGGGGCUCGCAUUGUUCUAUACGAUACCGAUGGUGUGCGAGCGCGCAUGACGGCUAGUUGGUUGUUGCAACUUGGAUGGGAGGUUUAUGUGUUGAAAGAGGGAUCCAUGCUGCCUGAUAGGCUUCCGACAGCUAAGGGCCCUUCAUGGAAUCCUCCAAAUCUCGGUGCCAUCACAAUCGACGAUUUUCAAGCCCUCCAAGGAGCGACCAUAAUAGAUCUCGCUCGCAGUCCUUCUUAUCGCAAAGGACAUAUUCCAGGCGCAUGGUUUGCUUCUGGGCCCGAACUCGCUCGAGAUUUGCAGACCGUUAGUGGCGACGGUCCUAUCGUGUUGACCUCGCCCGAUGGUGAUAUUGCCGCCUCGAAUAUCGACGACGCACGAAAUGCAGUUUCGCGAGAAGUGCUGUAUCUCGUGGGAGGUACGGCGGCCUGGUUAGCAGCUGGUCAUUCGCUCGAAACAGAGUCGCGGUGGAUUUCCGAGCCAAUCGAUGUGUAUAAAAGGCCGUACGAGGGCACAAGCAAUGCCCGUAAGGAUAUGCAAGGGUAUCUGGACUGGGAAUAUGGGCUUGUUGCGCAACUGGCGAACGAUGGGGUUGCUGGUUUCCACGUUGUGCGGGACACACGUGGGCCAUCUGGGAAGUUGCAGUGA